AAUUAUACUUAAAUUAAUCUAAAUUCAAGUCGUAUCAUUUACAAUAACCCAAAAUUCAUGUAAUCAUUUAAUAUUAAUAAAUUCAAAAAAAAAAAAAUAAAAAAAAAUAUAUAAAAAAAUAAUAAAAACUUAGAUAAAAAAAAUGACAAAUUUUAAAUUAUCAUCAGACAAAAUUAAUGAAAAAAAAAUGAAUUUUAAAAUGAAAAAAUUACAAAAAAAAAUUGUCGAAAAUCAAAAUUUAUUUUCAUCUUCUGUUGAUCCAUAUGACAGACCACUGAAAUGGUGGGAGAAAGAAUUUAUAAAAUAUUCCUUCAGUAAUCCACCAGUUAGAUCACGUCUGGAAAUGUUGAUGGGAAGCAAUGUUGUACGUUUAACGGAUAGAAGAUAUAUGUUAAGGUUGAUGGAAAAAAUAAAUCAGGAUUAUGAAAAGAAUCAACAGUGUCGAAUUGAAGAGAGAAAGAAAAACGAACUUAUGAGAACAAAAAUGAUGAUAGUAAAUCGACUGAUACCAGUUCAAGAGGCACCAAUUGAAAUAAAAAAAUAUCCACUUUUUCAAUUAUAUCUUUAUUGUGACUCAAUUAUUCGAGAAAAACGAAAAAAGAGAUCAACAAAACAAAUUAAAAUUGCACAAUCACUUUAUCGAUUGCUAUAUCCAGUUAAAGUAGAAGAGGAAACAAAAAAUCAAGAAAAAUAUGCUUACAUGAAGCGAGUUCAUAUUGAUGGUGUUCCAGAACUUAUUCCAUUAACAUCAGAGGAAGUUGCAGCAAUUGAACUUGAAAAUGAGGCAACAAAAGAUAUUGAAAAUGGAUAUAUGUUACCUCAAGAAGAAUACGAUAGACUACACUAUGAAACAAAUGAAAUUAAAGAAUUUCGUGAUGCACAGAAUGUCGAGGACAUGUAUGCGAGAGCUCACGAGAUCCUUGGAAUAUUAUACUCAUAUAUUGAUGAUGGUCGAUAUAAAAAACCUGGUCAUCCAGAAAAAAUAAUAAAAUCUGAGUCAGAUAUCGAGAAAAAUGAAGAGAUAAUAGAAGAUACAGAUGGAAAAAUAUAAAUAGAUAAUUUACUGGAUAAGUUUGUUACCGAUAUUUUUAAGAUGUACCAUUUGAAGUUAGUACGAUAACUGAGCUUUUAUAACGAAUUCAUUUCUUCAAACCCAAAAAAAUAAUACGAUUCAAUUAAUGAAAGAUCAAAUACUUUAUGAAAAAUUUAAAUAAUACAAAUUUGGAAAAAGUUUGUUGAAGUUAUAUCAGAUGAAAUAUGUUGCAUUAGUUAACUCAAUAUAUUUUUUCAGUUUGAGGGAAACUUUUUUGAAAGUUUUCAUGUAACAAAGACGAUGCUUUUAAUUGAUGUAUUUUAAUAUUUAAUUUUUUUUUUUACACCUUGUAACAUUAUCGUUGAAAAAAAGUAAAAUAAAAAUUUUUAUACAUAUUUUUCCAUGUAUAGACAUGUUAAAUCAAAAGCUUAUCUUUUUGUCGUUAAAAAUACUGACAUUGAAGUAUGUAAAUAAUAAUUAUAAAAAGGUAAAUUAAAUUUUUCGGUUCUUGUUGA